CAAGUAGUGCACGCGUCCGAGCCUUUCUCCUCGCCUUCCUGUGGGUGCUUCGCCAGGAGUCUUCUAGCGUGUGUUGGUCGGCCGUGUGGGUGCAGGCUGUGAGGGCCAGGGCGUGCCCGCACGAGCGUGGGCGUGGGCGUACUCUCUCCACCCACCGCGGAGGAAUACCAGGUGAAAUUGGGCAAUCGGAGCGAGAGAGAAGCGGCUUUGAAUCCGCGCAGCUCGGCCGUGGAAUCUGGCUUUAUUUUCGGCUUGCUGAGGCGCUAUGUCCGCCCAGACGGUGCAGGGGAUGAAGACCGAGCCUGUGGUGCAGCAGACGUCGUCCCAGGGGAGAGAGACCCAGGGGGCGCAGAUCAUAACGGCAAAUGGCCAGACAUAUUCGGUUAUGCCCCAGGCGCAGAUGCAAACCGUUACCAUAGAUGGGCAGGAAGCAAUCUAUAUCCCCGCCUCAGUCCAGCACGCAGCAGGAACACAGCAGAUACAACUUGCUGCAGGGAACCAGGCUCUGUUUGCGCCUGGCCAACUUAUACGAGCACAGAAUCUCAUUCAGAAUGUUCAGACUGUUGGACAGGUUGGAACGCCGAUAACUGUGGGAGGUGUGAGACCUGCAACUGCAACGGCUGGAGCAGCCCAAGCAGCGCCUACUGCCGCUGCCCAGGUGGGACAGAUGGCAACACAGGUGAUGCAGUCAGGGGUCGCUGGCGUACCCCAGGCCACCAUCCCUGUGCAGAUACCAAUCUCGACAGCAGGAGGACAGACUAUCCUGCAGACUAUACCCUUCCCUUUACAGAUCCCCGUCCUGCCCAACGUUGUCCAGGCUAAUGGCCAGACCAUACAGGUCAUCCCUCAGAUAGCACAGCAACAAGUACCAGCACAGCCCCAAAUAGCACAGAUCCUGCUGCCGAAUGGCCAAGUUCAGCAGGUGCAGAUGCUAUGGGGUGGGACAACAGGCAUGAUGUCCUUAGCUUCCAACAGCUUAGGGACGGCAGCCAACAUGACGCAAAUUGCCACCUCUCAACCUGUGACCACCUCCACUUGGGCGACGAACACUGUCUCUUCACCUUCUGUGUCCAUACCUGCAGUUCAUACCAGUACACCAACUAAUUCUGCUACUGAUGACAAGUCACAGGUUCAGGCCACGCAACAGGCAACUUCAGCAGGUACAACCAUAACAGCGAGCAACCCUUCACAGGUGGUGCAGGGUCAAGGAGCAAGCAUUACUGUUUCAAACACUUCACAGCUCUUGCCUCAAGGGAUAACUGUUUCUCCUCAGCUGUCUGGCUCAGUUGGAGGCGGAGGAGUGACAGUGGUACCAGUAAGUCAGACCUCUCAGUUACGAGCUGCGACCCCAGCAGCUGUAGCCGCUCAGCAAAGUGCAAUCCAGAUUCCUCAGAUACAGGUGGUGCAGCCUAUAAUCCAACAUAUUCCUGGUCUUGGCCAGGUUCAGGUCUUGGCACCUUCGUCCAUACAUUCACUCACGUCAUCCAUAGGGGCAUCCCAGCCUAUCUCAGUGUCCACAUUGGGUGCAGUCCCAACAACCACACAGCCUUCAACGAACACACUACCCACGCAGAUCCUCCCUGGUGGAGCACAGAUUAUAAGUGCUAGUGGCCUGCAAGGUGAGAGUGAUGGGGGAGCCAAGUGGGUUGUUUCAACAGGAGGUCAGGUGAGCCAAGCUCAAGUAGUCCCGCAGCCUGAAGAUUCGCCCACAAAUGACCCGGGUAAGACAAGAUUACGACGUGUGGCCUGCACCUGCCCCAACUGCAAGGAGGGGGAUAGAGGUGGGGAGAACAAGAAGAAAGUGCAUAUCUGCCACAUCCCCGGCUGCAACAAGAUGUAUGGCAAGACGUCACACCUAAGGGCACAUCUGAGGUGGCACUCUGGUGAACGACCUUUUAUAUGUUCUUGGCUCUUCUGCAACAAGAGAUUUACGCGGUCGGAUGAGCUUCAGCGGCAUAAAAGAACACAUACAGGAGAGAAACGGUUUCACUGCCCUGAGUGUCAGAAACGUUUCAUGCGUUCCGACCAUCUCUCAAAGCAUGUUAAAACACAUACAAAACAGAAGGGGAUGGUGAGUAAUUGGAAUGCUUUCUCAAAUAACAUUCCCAACAACACGCAGUCAUCAGACAGCAGUAACUCCUCUGAUGCAUGCGAGAAGAUGCUCAUUACCAUCCCUGAUCAGUCAGGUGAUCCGUUGCACAUUUCAACAGAAGGAGAAGUCCCUGCAAGUGUCCAGCAGCAGCAGGCACCUCAGUGAUUUUUCCCUAUGUCUAUGCACCUAUUCAGGAAACAGAUGUGGAUCUGUUUAUGCCUGAAUGUAAUGACUGUAUCGAGUUGUUUUACCUUCUCGUUGACUAGCUGUUGGUUGUAUGAAAUUAUUUUUUUUUAUAUAUAUAUAUAUUGUACAGUGAGGAGAAUCUGUAGAGUAGUCAUUUAAUCUCUUUGUAUAUAUAGUAUAUGGACAAUAUGAUGUGCUACUUGAACAAGUGAAGUGCUGUGUUAUUGUGAUGGAGAAGUAUAUCAUUGCUUAUUUUUAUUAUUAUUUUUCUGGGACACCAGAACAUUCAUUGCUCAUUUUGUUAUGCAACUGCAGAAAUAUUAGAGAAUCCUUUUUGAGUGUGUAGCUUGUACUAGGAUACAAAGAAAGUAUCUGUGAUAUGCAGUGAUUUUCAUCAGGCAUUUUUUUUUUUCUUUCAUCAUUAUUGAAUGCUUGAACCACCCUGAAAAUCUCCAUUAUGCCCAGGUCUUUUAGUAUGUUAAACAGCUUGCAGCUGUCUAAAGAACUUUUUGAGAGCUCUCUGAAAAGAAAGCCUUGAAUAAGAGAGAAUUUAAAUUAAAAUAAAAAACACUGCCUUCCCUUCCGGUGAUAGUAUUCCCAUAGCUCCUUGAUAGUUUGCUCACUGUAGGGAAAUAGUUGCUCGAAGGAAAGACGAGAAAGAUGACAGUGGACUUGUGUACAUGUUCAGUGACUGUGUAUGUGGAACCAUUUCAAAUUUAUGUGACUUGAAGGACAAGAUAAAAGAUGUGGAGCUCUUAUUUCUAGAUUUUUAAAGUCAUAAAGUGUACUUUAAUGCACAAAGUGAAAAGUUGCCAUAUAGCAAUAUCCCCUCCUGUAGAAACUUUCGUAUUUUACAGAGCUAUGUCUUCAUAUAAUAAUGCGGACAGACAACAAUUUUAGAGACAAUCUUUUUCAUUUUUUCUUUUUUCACUUAAGUGAUGAGGUUUGUCUCUAGGAAAUGUGUUUGUUGAAAGUAUAUCUUAUAUAAAUUCCUUGCCAUUUGAUACAACUGAAAGAAAGAUACUAUUAGAAUUUAGUUUCGGUAUUAUAAGAAGCUUCCAGCACAAAAUUGAGUUGAAAAGAUGAAGUUGAGACAUAAUUCAAAUUUAUAAGAUAAAAAUAAACAAAUUUUUGGGGGGUAUACAUAAAGUAGAUUUGAUUUUGCAGAGAAACUCAUGUGAAAUAUUUAUAUCUUGGAAGGACUGGAAUUAGGAUUAGAUAUAAAGGUAGUUUAACAUCUAUAGAUCUGAUGCUCUAAAUUUAGUGAUUGAUUAUUGGAGUUGCAUCUGAUUCCACAAACCAACCAUCACUGCAAAUAUUUCAUAAUGUUAAAUAUUACAUAGUUGUGAGUGUUUUAUAGAACAGUUGACCAAGUAUUUCUUUACUGGUUCACCCUCAUGUUGCACAUGUCACCCAUCGUUUUGUGUGUAUAAACAUUUGUCAGUUGGGUUUGUCCUGUUGAAUAUCUGUGACUGUAUAAUAAGCUAUAUUUUGAAAAUGUUUUUGUGGAAAAAAUGUCAAAGUUUACCUCCAGGGAGAUACCUAAGUUAUUUGUUAAUAUUUCUAGACAAGAAAAAUUAGAUUGUUGUAUGAAGUAAUGAUGAACAUAGUUCAAAGUAGUGCAUACUUGGGUGAUGCAACCUAUCUCAAAAUUGUGUUCGUGCCAAUUUUUGUUUGUUUGUUUUUUAACAGCAAUUGAGGUUUUUUAUUUUAUUUAUAUAUUUAUUCUCUAAGCACUUUAAAAUUAUUAAAAUGAUUUGCUCUCAUUAAGUGUCUUCCUAGUCAAGUGACUGUAGCUCUUACUCUUACUCUGUUAAAAUUGUAUAUACUUAGUUAUUUAUUUCUUGUAUAUACUUGUCUUUUUACAUUUUUAUAUUAUAUACACAUGCAGACUCAUAUGCACAAGGUUCCCAUGUUCGAGAACUAUCUUCCCUGUGAAUCUAAUGGUACCUGAAUUGUCUGUGGGAAUUUUUGUUGAGUUUUGCAGUGUAGGCAUAUUGCAACAAAAACACAGGUGGUGGAGGAAUUCCAAUGUUUAUUAUAGAGUGGUAGGAACCUUAUCAAAAUAUAGCAAAUAGGUGCCUUGCCUUAUUUUGUCACGAAAGAGAAUGUGUUAUAUUCAACUGAAUGCACAAAUUUAUCAA